GGUUUUUAAAUGGUUAAUCUCAACAGGUCACCAGGAGCCACCGAGACCAACACAGUCAUUUAAGGCUUCAAGCAGUCUUUGCACCAGAAGACACACACGCGCUGUGUGAUAGGCAGGGAAAGCUAUGGCAUCAAACAGUCUCUUCAGCUCAGUGACACCUUGUCAACAAAACUUCUUCUGGGAUCCCAGCACCAGCCGGAGGUUCAGCCCCCCUUCCAGCAGCCUGCAGCCCGGAAAGAUGAGCGAAGUGAACCCGGUGGUGGUGGCAGCCGCCCAGCAGCAGCAACAGCACCAACAUCACCACCCGCAGCAGCAGCAGCAACAGCAGCAGCACCAGGAGGUGGCGGCGGUGGCAGCGGCCGUGCCCCGGCUUCGCCCGCACGAUAACCGCACCAUGGUGGAGAUCAUCGCCGACCACCCGGCCGAGCUGGUCCGCACCGACAGCCCCAACUUCCUGUGCUCCGUGCUGCCCUCGCACUGGCGCUGCAAUAAGACCCUCCCGGUGGCAUUCAAGGUAGUGGCAUUAGGAGAAGUCCCUGAUGGCACCGUGGUUACAGUCAUGGCUGGAAAUGAUGAAAAUUAUUCUGCAGAGCUGAGGAAUGCCUCUGCUGUAAUGAAGAAUCAAGUGGCACGGUUUAAUGACCUGAGAUUUGUGGGGAGAAGUGGAAGAGGGAAGAGCUUUACUUUGACAAUAACAGUCCUUACAAAUCCCCCUCAAGUAGCUACAUACCACAGAGCAAUAAAGGUGACAGUGGAUGGACCAAGGGAACCAAGGAGGCACAGACAGAAGCUUGAUGAAUCUAAACCUAGUUUGUUCUCUGAGCGUCUCAGUGAUUUAGGGCGCAUCCCUCAUCCCAGUAUGAGAGUAGGGGUCCCGACUCAGAGCCCACGGCCCCCUCUGAACUCUGCACCAAGCCCUUUUAAUCCACAAGGACAGAGUCAGAUUACAGACCCCAGACAAGCACAGUCAUCCCCUCCAUGGUCCUAUGACCAGUCUUACCCAUCCUACUUGAGCCAGAUGACUUCACCAUCCAUUCAUUCCACAACUCCCCUGUCCUCCACACGAGGCACAGGGCUUCCUGCCAUCACCGAUGUGCCCAGACGGCUCUCAGGUGCUUCAGAGCUGGGCCCAUUUUCAGAUCCCAGGCAGUUUACAAGCAUUUCAUCCCUCACUGAGAGCCGCUUCUCCAACCCACGAAUGCACUAUCCAGCCACCUUUACUUAUACACCGCCAGUCACCUCAGGCAUGUCAUUGGGUAUGUCAGCCACCACUCAUUACCACACCUACUUACCACCACCUUACCCAGGCUCUUCCCAAAACCAAAGUGGACCAUUCCAGACCAGCAGCACUCCAUAUCUCUACUAUGGCACAUCAUCAGGAUCAUACCAGUUCCCCAUGGUGCCAGGGGGAGACCGCUCCCCUUCCAGAAUGCUUUCUCCCUGUACCACCACAUCCAACGGCAGCACAUUAUUAAACCCUAACUUGCCUAACCAGAAUGAUGGUGUGGAGGCUGAUGGAAGCCACAGCAGCUCCCCAACAGUGUUGAAUUCUAGUGGCAGAAUGGAUGAGUCUGUUUGGAGGCCAUACUGAAAUUUCAUCUGCAUGGCCUAAAGUCUAUGAGCCAAAAACAAACAGCUAAUUAUAAAGUGCCUGUUUCUUGUUUUGGUUUGUUUUUAAAUAGAUUCUGUUGAUACGUGCACUUAUAUAGCUGGGAUAUUAACAGCUAAUUAUAAACAUACAACAUGAGAAUGAUCUUCCACAUUGUAGUUUGGUCUAUGUGGAUUAAAGCACAUCUCAUUUUCCUCUUGGGAACAUUUGUCUGGGUUUUAUAUAGAUAAAUGUAAUGAUUCCAAAACAACAACAAAAAAGGCCUAUUCUGUCCAGACGUGAAAAGGGGGGAAAAGCAAGGGUUUCUUUUGUGUGUGUGUUUGCCAAGAAACAAGAAAAGGACUUCGACUAAUUAUCAAGCCUAUGCAUUACUUGUUGUUCAAAAUAAAGCAGGAACAACAACAAACACCUUGAACAUCAGGUACAGUUGCAGCCAUACAAUAUACUGGAGCCCCCCCUAUGCAUGCUCAGUGCAAUUCAUCUGUUUCUGCUUUCAGAAGAAACACUUCAGUUUAUAGCAAAGUAUAUCCAGCUUACAGUAACUCUUCAACCAUCUUACCAGAGCCUUGCAGCAAAAACUUUUAAGAUGCAUGGCUUAUUUUCUGCUGAAAGAGCAUCCCAGAACAUACCAAGACAAGCUUUGUUUUGGCUUACGCAUUUGUGUUAUUAAUUUUGCCUUAAUCAAGUUAAUUAAAAAAAUCUUGGGGGCAAACCCCCUAAAACAAAGAAAUAAACAAACAAAAAAAGAAACCUCAAAACUUUAUUUCUUAUGCAAGAAACAAAAGAUAAUGGCAAUAUAUCUUACUCAAACCAAAACAGUGUCAGUAAAUAUGUGUGUUUGGCUAUCUUGUUUUAUUUUAUUAACUUAUAAACAUGUAAAAUUGAGGUUAUUUGCAAAAAAAUGAUUUGUAUAAUUUUAAAGAAAUAUUUAUAAUUAUUUAACGAUAUUUGGUCCCUUUAAAGUUUUCUUAAUGUAAUGAUGUGCUGACUUCGGUCUCUAAAAAUGUUUGUUGUUUUUAAAUCAUGGCAGCCUUUGAAUGGUAUAAAAUCUCAAGGCUAUGUCCUGGUAUAAACUAGCUGUGAUGCAAUUUUUUAAAAAAUGCUUCCAUCUCAAAGGAAUUUUGGUAUAGCAUGUUGUUUUUAUUUAUGAAGGAGAUACCGCCUACAUGUUAUUGGAUAUAUUUGGUUGCCUUUUUUAAUCACUCAAAAAUGAACUGGAAAGAUCAAUAAAAUGAGAGGGAAAACAUUUUGGAUACACUUCAUUGUAGCUCUUUUGAGUUUAAUUGGCAGGACUCACAAGUUUUAUAGUGUUCUGCUCAGACUCUGCCUCACAGAGGUGCAGCCCUUCUGCCCACCCGAAGCCCUUUCCCCUCAAGAUGGGUGAAAGAGAAUAUGAAAUGGUAGGAGAGCAAAAGGAGUAAGGGACUGCUAACCUGAAAGAAACAUUGCUUCUCCUUCAUAUAGACAGACAUAUGUUUUCUCUACUUGUUCAUGAGUAGAAGUGUAUGAUUAGAAUCCAGCCAGUGGCUAGAAUCCUAUUUUUUGCAUAGACUGGCAUAAGAGCAAUGCCACAAAUCGCUGUGGUGAUUUGCCUCUGCUUAAAACGUUGCAGCUUGUAUCCCUCAUCACAUGCCAAGUAAUGUCACUUGUGUGUGAAAAGGAAUAACAAGCAGUGACUCUUUAAGUAGUGGCAAUUGUCUGCUCAGAUUUAUGCUGGUGCACUUAAACCGAUGUGUAUAAGUAGUAGGAUUCAGUCCAUGCUGGUGAAAUUCCAAAAUUUCUUAGAUUUUGAUCAACAUUUGAAAAGCAGCUUUGUAAGGCCGAGAAAAGGGGCAAGGCCUUAAGGGAGGGUGUUAAACAGUGCCAAGAGUUUUCAAAUAAAGUAUCAACAAACCCAUUCAAGGGUUAUGUUCAUUGAUCAUACAGGUCUUAUUUAGUGUGAAAUACUAAAAUAAUAAUGCUUUCUGAUUUAUUUUUUUAAAAAAAAUAUUUUCAGGAGAUGUUAGCCAAGAAUAAGCACAAGAGAACCACUGCGGUACAGAGUUAUAUUCUGCUGGCCUGGCAUUCAGGAAUAUUUAAAUGUUCAUGCUUGAAUACUGAACAUGAAAGACCCCUCAAGGCUACACAUUUAGUUGCUAAUUGUGAUACAUUAUAUACCUGGGACUCUUAAUCCACCCUCUGUCACUUCCGAACUCCAUAUUGCCAGGAUGAUGAGCAGGAUUAGCUGUGUGUCAAGGGCCUGCGAUCCAAAGCUUUCAGAAUUCUUUCAGGCUUUUUCUUUAAAAUUUAUUGGGCACCAAGUUCAUUUGGCACUUUAGACGAAGUCUAGUAACCUGCCUCUGUUCAACAGACUUGUGUGUGUGCUCAGUUUAAACAAGAUGGGGGCUGUGGGCAAAAUAGAGCAGGUCAUACUUUGACUCCUUUAAAAGGAGGCACCAGCUUCUUGGAAGGAAUUGCCAUAUUCUCGUCUUUGCCAUAUUCUCUUUGCACUGCUUUUCUCCUCAGCUGCCUGCAGUAACCACUGUUUUCUUUGGACUGUAGUGCUGCUGGAAUAGAUGGUGUCUAUGGGCUAUAUUUUGGCCACCUAGACAAUAAGAAAUGGUGACACAUAUUUACCCUCAAGGGGUGGGGCUCACCUCAGCAUUUCAGGAUGGGACAUCUCUGCCACUAGAAUUGUGGGUCACCCCUGCAUAAUAAUUUAAUUGGAAAAUGGCACGUUGGUUACUAAGGCAGCCCACCAGAAAGAUUCCACAUUUCCUGCCUAUUUAAUGUGAUUAACUUGCUCUUUAAAAAAUCUUUGCCUUCUAAUUCUUAUACAUCAAGUCCUUUCUUGCAAGUAAGAGACACUUUUCUGAUGUGUAAGUUUUCCUUCAAAGAUGGAAGCUGAUACUGAUCCUAUUUAUUGUUUGUGGUAGCUUGAAGCAUACCCUUGUCCAUUUAUUUGUAUCUGUAAGAUAAGUGUGUUCAUUUCAGCAGCCCUUAAAAGAGCUAGUGUCUGGUUACACAUUUCAAGGUUUGUGGGAUUUUUGUUGCUGAUUAAUAAGCAAGGGAAAAAAAAGGAAAAUGAGCUUCCAGUGCAAAAGCUGAUGUAUAUUUAAUAAAAGGUACUAUAUUUGUACAUUAUUUUUAUUGCUGAAAAGGGCUUUUAAAAAUAUGCUGUACGGAUCUUAAGUAAUUUUGUAGGGAUAUUUUUGUGUUGUAACAGAGGCUGCAGGCAGCAACCCAAAUACAUUUUAAAAAUAAGCAAACAAGAAAUGUGUUCUUGUACAAUUCAAGUACAGCUUUAUAUUCUUGGAUUUAAUCCAGCAUAGAUCAUUUCUCUGUUUUCUCCUAUACCUAUAGUAAUUUUCUUUAUUGCCACAUUUUAAAACUGGAUCAUUUGAAAUUAAAACUCUGAAUCACUCAGGUGUGCAGUUUUGUUUGCCCCAAAUUCAUCCCCUUCUAAUGUGAUUGCACAAAUUAAAAACUUCAUUGUGCAAGUUAGAAGUAGCCCAUAAUAAUUGAAGGGCUGGCAAGAAAGAACAUUGAUAAGCACCUUUGAUAAGCACAAGGCCCAUCUUUCUUGUCUUUUGUUUAAUGUAAGUUGUUUUCAGCAGGGACUUCUUUAUUCAGUCUUGAAUGGUUCCUGAUUCUUAGAAAUACAUGCAUAAAUAUAAUAAAUAUGUUAUGCUUCUAAGUCUGCAUCUGGUGUAAACUCAUAAUUAGUAUAAAAUUACUCAAGUAUAUCACUUGUUUUGAGACCAUCAUCACUUCAUCUCUCCUUUAGGAAGGCAGUAUAUGACAUUGUUCCUACAAUAAAAUUAUAUGGGCUGUUAUUAGUACCUUAAGGAUCAGAAUUAUUUGGCAAGAGGAAUUCUGGUCUGGUUUGUGAAAUUUAUAUAAAAUUGCAUGUGCAAACCUGUUUUAAAAAUAUGUACCAAAGAUCUAUUUACAGAGGAUAAGAAUAAAUUUCCUUGGAUAAAGUACACAAUUUAAACCCAAUCUUGAGCGAGAUUAGCAAGGGAUUGGGUUUAUAGAUAGUCAGCUAGGAACCACUUUCUGCAGAGCCCUUUGAGAGCCCUUUCUAAAAAUAUUCCAUUUAAUUCUGAGCUCCAGCUGGCAGUCUCCUAAGCAUGCUCAUCGCUUCUUCCAACCUCUCCAUGCCAUGUUUUGCACUGUAACAUUUAUAUUGUUCCUCUUUAUUGUUGGAUCCUGCCAUUCGAAUCUUGAUGAUCUAAUCUACCAGGAGUCACAGAGAAGCCAUGAACAAAACCCAAAAAUUAAACCUUUGUUAAGUCAUGAGCAAAGAUAAAACAAAACCAGGUUUUGUAAACUCUUAUGUUUGGUAAUACAUUUAAUUUCGGCAUGUUCAACCUGACAUUCUUAUGUUUUUAUUGUUGUUGCAGUGCUUCUAAGUAGAUCACCCAAAAAUAAUAUUUCAAAAAUAAUUUUGUUUCACCGGUACACUAAACAAUAUUCCACAUUCUUUUUACUUAAAAUAUGCUUUACCAGUCCUGAAUUUCUGCUGGAACAAAAUAUUUGUAACAUUUCCUGUAAAUACAAGCUUUAAGUUCUUUCAUUUUUUUUACCCAGUUGCUGUUGCCCAAGAUUUGCUUCUCAUGUGCACAUAUUUGUACAAAUGUGUUCUUUGUGCUGCAGACAGCGAUUGUGGAAAGAGUUACUUUGUUUUCAAAGGGACUAUUUGUAUUGUAUGUUGCAACUGUAAAUUGAAUUUGUUUGGCAUUCUCUCAUGAUUGUAAUAUUAAUUUUGAGGUUUGAAUCUCAUUUUAAAUAA